AUGUCGCCAGACAUACCCAUCCCAAUCACCAGCAAUGGUGCCAAGGUGCCGUUGCCCAAGUAUUACGCGACGGUGAAUUCGGUGAUGCCGCCGGAGUACUGGGACUAUGAAACGGCAGCCAUUGAGUGGUCGUUGCCUGACGGGAUUGAGGUGGUACGCAAAAUCGGUCGUGGCAAGUACAGCGAGGUGUUUGAAGGGAGGCUGAUAUGUGCGGACGGUCGUGAGGAGUUAUGCGUUGUGAAGAUUUUGAAGCCAGUUAAGAAGAAGAAGAUUCGGCGGGAGAUCCGUAUCUUACAAAACUUGGCAGGUGGUCCGAAUGUGAUUCGGUUGAUUGACGUGGUAAAGGACCCGCUGAGUCGUACGCCUUCGUUGAUAACGGAGAUGGUGGAGAAUUCUGACUUCCGGAAAUUGUAUCCUCGACUUACUUUGUACGAUGUGCGGUAUUACAUUUUCCAAUUGCUACGCGCCCUUGACUUCUGCCAUAGCCGAGGCAUAAUGCAUCGAGAUGUGAAACCUCACAACGUCAUGAUCGAUCAUAGUCGACACAAGCUUCGUUUGAUUGAUUGGGGUCUAGCAGAGUUUUACCAUCCGGGACGAGAAUACAACGUUCGUGUUGCAUCUCGUUACUACAAGGGUCCCGAACUACUGGUUAAUCUGCAGCUAUACGACUACUCCCUAGACAUGUGGUCGUUGGGUUGCGUGCUCGCAGGAAUUAUAUUUAAAAGGGAGCCUUUCUUCUACGGCUCUGAUAAUUAUGAUCAGCUUACACAAAUCGUUAAAGUCCUUGGCUCGCCUGACUUCAACAUCUACUGCCAAAGAUAUAAACUCAAACUAGAUCAUAUGUACAACCAAGAUAUAUACGACAAAUAUCCUAGACGCCCAUGGAGCUCAUUCAUAAGAAAGGACAAUACCCACCUAGCCACUGAAGAUGCAAUUGACCUACUUGACCAACUUCUCAGAUAUGAUCACACUCAGAGAAUCGUACCGAAAGACGCCAUGAAACACCGAUUCUUCGAUCCUGUCAGAGCUGACAUUGAACGAGAGAUUGAGGAGGAUGAGGCCAACAAAAAACACACACGCACACUUGCGGAGGAGGAGAUGUUUAAAGAGUGUUGCGACGAUUGUUUGGACCCCAAGGGUCGGCCAGAGCACCCGCCGUAUUUGUAUGAGGCCCGGGGGCCUUUGAACGUGCCAGCGGGAUUGCAGCCGCAUGAAUACGAGCCCUUCAUGACCAUGACCAAGUUGAAUCCCACGUUGCGGGGGCGAUAUGUGACCGAACCGCGGUCGACGGUGAAGGACGACCAGCUCUUCGAAGACCUAUUUAACGCACCGGCUUCGAUGCCACCGGUGCGAACCGGCAAGCUCGGAGCCGCCCCGCCGGAGCUCAACGACCGAGGGUUCCCACUACCCGUCGUCGAGCCAGCCGGCGUGGAUCCGGCCGAGCUGCAAAAGACCAUCAACCAAUCGAACGGGGAACGACCGAACCGCGCCCGCGAACCGAAAAUCCAGCGCCUGAUCUCGCAACCCCCGCCCGUCACACGAAUGACUUGGGCCCAAUACCGACGCGCCGUACCCCCUGCCGUCAGCCAAGUUACGGAACCCGUCAACUGGAGCGACCAACUCCGAGGUAGCUCCAUACAACAACAUGCUAUCGUAAGCAAGACCGGAAUACAACUACCGUUGGACAAAAUGAAACGUGAACAAUCAGCACUAGAGCAAUCUGCACCAGAGCAAUCUGCACCGGAGCAAUCUGCACGCGAGCUUGCGCGCGAACAGUCUGGGCAAGAGGCCCUAAAAGGCCGCGCCCAGACGAGCACUGCCGUGAUCUUGCAGCCGAACCAUGAUCUUUCGGCUCUCCGAGAAGUGGCCCGCCAGGCCUCUGCGACCGGGCGCAAUCAGGCGACGAAACGGAGCCCCCCGAGUAUUCCGAAAGCCAAGUCCAGACCACCACAGUUAGCAGGUCGCGGCGGGCCGCCGAGGGCCAUGGAGUCACCUCCCGAGCUUGUGAGAGAAUCCUCUGGACGCGGCAAGCCCAUUACGCCCGAACUAGCUGCGUCUAGACCCACCACAUCGAAGCCUGCGAUGGCGCAACCCAAGGAGGAACAACCAACUAAAGAGCAAUCAACAGCGGAAGAGCCAGUGGUGGAGCAGUCAGUGGUUGAACAGCAGGUUAAGAGAGUGGUACCCCGCCGGUCUCAGACGCUGCAGCCUAGCCAGAUCGAAGCGGCGAUCAAGGGUCUAGGAAAGGACCUUGAGAAGGCGCAAUCCCUGGACGACGACCGGGACGCCGCGGACAGACCGAACGGCCUCAUCGCGGAAUGGAUUAAGGAACGAAAGGCGGCGGAUCAUGGACCCACGGAGGCCGAGGGCCCCCUGGUCGACCUGGAACCUCUAGAACUGAAACGAGUCGAACCGGUUCCGGAUGUAGCAGAUUUGGUCGCCGAACUCAAGAAGAAAUUCCGCCGUAACCGCCCCCCGGCAUCAAGCAGGUCCUCUGGCUCCAGCUCGCUCAGCAAGCCGGACCCAUUCUCUAAGAAUACUCACGAAAAUCCUUCUCUCGACCUACGCCCAGCUCAAGGCUCAGGCCCAGCUCAAGGCUCAGGCCCAGCACGAGGCCGCCAAUACCAAGGCCAGCAAGACCAAGGCCCGCAGGACGGGGGGCGUCAGGACGAGUCAUCGAGUCCAGUCCCUGAAGACCUGCAGCUGACCCCUAACGGGCAACAGGGCGCGAACAAGCCGACGGGUAUUCGGCGCAGCAAAUCGUCUCCGCCCCGUGGGAGUGGUUCGAUAGCGCUGCUGGACGCCGGCGACCUGCUGAACGUCAGCAGGUCGCUGGGGGAUCCGGAGCCCGGGAGUUUGUUUGCUGGUCGUCUGAAGACAGGUGAGGGGAAGGCAGGAGACCGCCUGGCACCACACAGUCCUACAACAACAACAGGCAGCCGUCUGGUGGACAAUCGUGCCGCGGGUAAAAGUCGUGCGGAUGACCGGUCCUCGUCUGCGGCGGUGGAGGCAAGGCUGCGGAGGGAAAUGGAAGGUGAGCGUGAGAGGUUGCGAGGCAUGUUAGCCUCCUUGGAGAGGCGCAUGGAGGCCAAGGCAUACCUGAGUAAUUUGGAGGAGGGCGCUGCAGACGAGCGACGUCGGAAUCGUGAGGCGUUAGCGGCAGUGGACCGGGAACGAGUGGCGGAGAUUCUGGGUUCAUCCUACAACCACCGGGCCCAUGUGGGGCGCAGCGCUUCUCAAGGCGCAUGUGUGACCCUCCAGAACGCCGGCGCGGGGGCUGGGGCUGGGCGCCGGUCAUCCGCGGACGUAGGCGGUCCGGGGUCGGUUGCGAGUUGGGUGAUGCGGGACUUGUACAAGCCCACACACCUCGACCUGCACGAGGCGGUUGAGCGCAAGCUCAAGGCGCGCGAAAAGGCGGAGAAGCCCACGGCAAUGGAGCCCGGCACGGGCGACGAGGUCGCUGCCCUUCAUGAAGGCCUCGACGCGCGUCUAAACAAAGCGAGGCUGGACAACAAACCGGCGGGAACGAGGACAGAACAGGGCUCGGGAUUAGGCGCAGUUCAAGGAGGAGAGUCGGGGCCAUCUCGAGGUGCUGGGUCGCGAAUGAUCGCACCACGACAAUUGUCUGAACCGCCCAAGUCGCGAGUUCUAGACCCGUUGGCGGCGACGCGCUAUCGCGCAGAUCUCAAAUUAGCGGCCCGCGCUCUGGAGGGCAAGGAGGAGUCGGCAUUUUUCAGCACCAUGCCACGCGGCCUGCGGUUGGAGUUGGAGCGGAUGCGGCUGGCCCGAGAACCCGUGACGGUGCGGAUCAAACGAAGACCCAACGAGGCACGCUACCGCGAAUUAAGGCGCCAUAUCUUCGACCGCAUGGAGCGGGGCUCUGUGAACCCGAGAGACCCGAAACGAAACACUUGGAUGAAACUCCUACAGAGUACCGAACACGGCAAACUGCAGCGCGAGUUAUACGACCGCCUUUUGCGUUUCGGACUCAACAAAAGGGACGCCUAUCGCCUCUUGGUCGAGAUCAAGCGUAAACGUGCAGCCGCUCUCGACAAACCGGCCAAGGCCCAAGACAGCGGCUCCGAAAUCAGCAUCGACGAAGGCAUCUCGCCCCCCACCAAUAUUACGCCGCCCGGAUUGCUCAAAGUCCGGACCAGACUCACGGCCGCCGAAGCCGAAGCCGCCCCGGGCGGAUCCGCCGGCGGGGGGCCGGCUAUCUUGCUCAAGACAAAGGAGCAGGCGCGGCCGAACUUGUUCCCGCCUUUCCCGGGACAGGAGGAGUUGCUAGCGGAUGACGGACUCUCGGACGAGAAGGUCGUGUCCCUAUUUGUGACGCCGAAGGCCCCGAUUUCGCCGGGUCUGCCGCAGCUGAGUCCAAUGCUGGCGGUCGAUUCGGAAUCGCCCAAACCGCCCACGGUCACACCCAAGGUGCCAGAGGGACCCGUUUCCACGCCCUUCGUAACCCCUGGUCACCCCGGGAGCCCGAAGAAUCCGUCGGACGUCGACGCCGUCGGGCCCGGACUGGAAGUUAAGUCACUGCGAGCCGGCGGCCCAGCACCUGGCACAGGUGCCGUUGGCGGAAUGCCCGUGAAGGUCUCAAUUCUGACCAAGGUCGCCGACCCCGUCCAGACUAGCGCAAUUCGUGAAGGCAAAGCGGGCGGCGUACCCUUCAAGAUCAAACCCCACCCGAAAGCUGCACCGCUCAUCAUCCGCAAGACCUCCCUAGGCGAGCAGGAGGCCGCCGUCAAGUCGCCCCAACCGCCCGGGCCGGGCCAGGCGCCAGCUGCCGAGAACCUCCCUGCUGUCAAACUGUCACCGGCUGCUCCCACACUCGGAAAAGGACGGCCGGCAAAACCGGCUAUGAAGGUGACCGGAGCUAAGGAAGGACCGCCGGCCAAGGGAGGACCUCUAGCCAAGGAUCCUCCUCUCAAGCCGGGAAUCGGCAAAUCACCCAUGGCCAAACCUCCGUCCGAUCAAGCUACAAGCGGUGAGGAAACCACCCCGAAGGCGCCUGGCGUACCUUCCAAGCCUGCCCUGCCCCCCAAACAGCUACCGAUGAAGCCGGGAGUGGGCAGACCACCUACGGUUAAGCCUGCGUCGGAUCAAGCUACAACCGGUGAGGAAACCAGCUUGAAGGCACCUGGGAUCUCUUUAAAACAGCUGCCAAGGCUGGGUGCGGCUGCAGAAGACCGCGGGACUGCCGCCGGGACCCCGAAGCCUCCGCUGCUGGGUAAGGCUCCGUUGGCACCCAGGACUCCUCCUACGGCCAAGGCUCCAUUGACCCCCAAGAGUCCUCCUGCGGCCAAGGCUCCGCUGACCCCCAAGCCUCCGCUGCUGGGUAAGGCUCCAUUGAUUCCCAAGCCUCCGCCAAUGGGUAAGGCUCCAUUAGCACCCAAGACUCCGUCUACGGGCAAGGCCCCGUUGACUCCCAAGAGUCCUCCUACGGGCGAGGCUGCAGCGACUCCGAAGACUCCUCCUACGGCCAAGGCCCCAUUGACUCCCAAGCCUCCGCUGCUGG